AUGGAGUCAACACCAGCUCAGGAUACGCAAAUCAACUCUUCUGUCCCUCCCGAGCCGCCCUCAGAGGAAGAAAUCAGUGAACCGAUGUACGGCGGUUUCUCGAGGUUUGAAAUCGAGCUUGAGUUUGUUCAAUCGCUCGCGAACCCUUUAUAUCUCAACCAUCUCGCCUCCCAGCAACUCCUCACCCAGCCAGCUUUUGUCGCCUACCUCGCCUACCUUCGAUACUGGUCGCGUCCGCCAUAUGUCAAGUAUCUCAUCUAUCCAGGGCCAACACUUCGUCAUCUCGAGCUCCUCCAGCAGGAGGCCUUCCGAACAAACAUCAUCAGCCCAGACCUCACGGCCCAGCUUGCCGAGGCCGGGAUGAAAGCCGCGGUUGACUGGCACCGCGAAACAUGA